AUGAAGGCCGCCGACCAAUCUGCCAAUAUGACGGGCCACAUCGACCAAGUCGAAGAUCUCAACAAUGCCGACCUUUCGAAGGCUAUCGACAAGGCGUUCGCCUCUGGCGCUGCAGUACAGAUGAGAUCGUCGUUGGAUGAUUUACCAACGUGGAAAGCCAUACGCAUUUACUGGCGUAUCUCAUUGAUCUGUAUGCUGUGUGCGUUUGGUGGUGCGCUAGAGGGUUACCAGGUUGCGAUUGCAAGUUCCAUUGUGUCGAACAAGGGCUUCAUUCGUCAAAUGUCUGGUGGUGCUACUGCUCUCAACCCUAGUCAUGUGGCUGUUUGGGGAGGCAUGCUGUCGACAGGUCAACUCGUCGGAGUGGGUUUUCUUCAGUUAGCAACCGACAGACUAGGUCGUAAGGUAGCCAUGCACAUAACUUGGCUAACACUCUGUAUUGCGGUAGCACUGGAGUCGGCGGCAUCUAACUGGCUUUACUGGCUCUUCGCUAAACUCAUCGGAGGAGCAGGCCUGGGCAUGAUGCAAGCGACUUAUCCUCUUUACAUUUCUGAGCAGUCGCCCACUCAAAUUAGAGGUUUUCUAACUGCUUCAUACAUGUUUUGGUAUGUCGGCGCACAGAUAUUCGCACCUCUCGCUCUACGACAAUUGGCUAUCACCGAUCCAUAUGACUUCAAGAUUACCAUCUACACGCAGUGGGGUAUGCUGGCCGCCUUGCUACUCAUCAACAUUUAUAUCCCGGAGAGUCCUUGGUGGCUCGUCCAGAGGAGUAGGUAUGAUAACGCAGAGAAAGUGUUGGCCUCCACACAUAAGGAUAUACCCGAUUAUGAUGUGAAAAGUGAAUUGUCAAUUAUUGUCGCCACAGUCGAACACGAGCGAUUCAUCACGACGGAAACCAAGAAUCAAAUAGCCCAAAUCUUCAAAGGCGUCAAUGCUUGGCGACUCUUCAUCGCAUUCUGGCCGAAAGCAAUGCAGCAACUCGCUGGACAGUCUGUUACCAACAAUUAUGCCACGUACUUUUUCCAAUUGGCGGGAAACGCUGCCCCAUUCACUGUUACAAUUAUUCUCGCCGUCUGUCAACUCGUUGGAGUCCUCUCAAGCUCUCUCAUUUCAGAUAAAUUCGGUCGUCGAUGGCUUACUCUAGGUCUAUUUGGAGCCGGAACUGUGGCAAUUCUCGGCAUUGGUAUCCUAGGCUCUUUCGACUACCAGAGCGAAAAGUUGGGUAGCGUUCUGGUAUUCUUCGCAUGUGUAUCGAAUUUUGGGGUCAUUGGCGGUGCUGGAGUCGCAUACUCUUACGUUGUCGAUAUCCCUAGCCAACAACUUCGAUCAAGAACGGCUUCGAUCGCGCUUAUGGGAUCCUACUGUCUUGGCCUCAUUUUCAACUACACGGUCCCACUUAUGCUCAAAGUUUGGAGUGUGCAAACAGGAUACUUCUUCGGAGCCGCCGGUGCCAUCUCGUGUGUUGUCGGAUUCUUCGUCCUUCCAGAGAUCACCCGUCGAACACCCGCUGAGAUUGAUGAGAUGUUCCAGGAUAAAGUCGCACCCCGCAAAUUCCGAAAGCAUGUCACUCAAGUCCAGCUGUUCCUCGUUGAUAAGGAAAACAUGGAGCGGGUUCCAGGGGAUGAAAAAGCCUGA